GACAUAAGUGCUGGAGUGUGUGAGAUAGAGAGAGAGAGAGAGAGAGUGUGUGUGUGUGAAUGGAACUGGAGCCGGAGCGUUGCCGACAAAGGAAUGGAACGUAGCGGCUGGAACGCCGUGUGUUUGGAAUCUUGACCCGGCUUGCUCCGGCACCCUCGCGCUGUCAUUCCCUCCCUCCCGCUUCGCUUCUGCAGCCGCUGGGGCCGCGAUCGGUGACCGCCCCCCAACCCCCCACACCCCUACUUCCCUUCCCCUCCCCACCUCCCCAUUCCCUCCUCCUCCACCUCCAGGCACUCGGACUGAAAAGGGGUCUAGAGGACUUUACGAGGUUAGUCGUGGUGCUCGCAGCUCUCGCCCCCUUCUCUUUCUCGUCUGGGGCACGAAAUUAUCCACUCCGAUGUCUUUCUGAGCUGGGGCUACAGAGAGCCUGGGUCUCGGCACCAUCUCCAUCAUUAACGCAAUAAAACGAGAAACGUUCCCAGCAGGCGGAGAAUCGGCGUGUCUUCAGCAGGAGGGGAAAAAAAUGGGGGAGCAGCCCAUCUUCAGCACACGAGCCCAUGUCUUCCAGAUUGAUCCUACCACAAAGAAGAACUGGGUUCCCACCAGCAAACAUGCUGUGACUGUGUCCUACUUCUAUGACAAUACACGCAAUGUAUACAGGAUAAUCAGCCUUGAUGGGUCAAAGGCAAUAAUCAACAGCACAAUCACUCCAAACAUGACAUUCACAAAAACAUCUCAGAAGUUUGGACAGUGGCCGGAUAGCCGUGCAAAUACCGUCUACGGUUUAGGUUUUUCCUCGGAACAUCAUCUAACAAAAUUUGCAGAAAAGUUCCAGGAAUUUAAAGAUGCAGCACGGAUAGCAAAGGAGAAAAUGCAGGAAAAAAUGGAAUUAACCAGUACGCCUUCACAGGAAUCUGCAGGAGGUGAUCUGCAGUCACCUCUGACACCAGAGAGUAUCAAUGGGACAGAUGAUGAAAGGUCUAUUCAGGAUGUGGCACAAGAUUCUGAUGCACGAGCUGAAAUUAACCAGAGUUCUCUACCUUUUACUCACAGUACUACAAUAGGAAAGCAUUGGGAGUCUGAAUUGGCAACCUUAAAAACCAACAAUGCUAAACUUACAGCAGCACUACUGGAGUCUACUGCCAAUGUUAAACAGUGGAAACAGCAGCUCACUGCUUACCAGGACGAAGCAGAGCGACUACACAAACGCGUUUCUGAACUUGAAUGUCUGAGUGGGCAGGCAAAUGUGCUUAAAACACACAAAACUGAACUGAACAGGACAAUAGAAGAACUAGAGGCACAGAUGAAGGACAAAGAGGAGGAAAUUGAGCGACUGAAGAAGGACAUUGAAGGCGCUAAGGAGCUGGAAGCACAGAGGGACACACUGUCACAGCAAUUACAGGAAGUAGAAAGCCGCAAUCGAGACCUGGUGGAACAGUUGGCAGACUUUGAGCAACGUCUAGAGAAGAGCCAGAACGAGCAAGGGGUCUUCCGCAAUAACUUAAAAACACUUCUAGAAAUUCUAGAUGGGAAAAUUUUUGAACUAACAGAAUUACGAGAUAACUUGGCAAAAUUAAUAGAAGGUAGCUAAAACGAGAACCUCUGCAUCAGCAUUGUCAUCCAAAUACAGUAUAUGUAAAGGCCAGGUUGAAAUCUAUCUUUCUUCACAGUGGAAGGGAUACUGUUGGCUCCCUGUAGCACUAUAUCGGCAAAAGAUAUGCUUUGCGCUCUUUAUUUAGUGUUUUAUAUCCAUUACUUAAGGAGGAGCAAGUGCAUAAAGCCUAACUGUAAAUGGACAUUUCCCCAUAUUAUUUCUUCUCUUUGUUUGCUAUAGUCAAGAAUUUUGUACAUUUAGUUUUUAAAAUUCCCAUUAUUUCACUGCAUCAAAAUGUACUCUAGGUAACUUGGAAAGAUUUAUGAUAUGACAAAUGAAGCCUUUUAAUUGCAAACAAAUGGAUUUUACUGAAUCAAAGAGACAGUAUCCCUUUAUACAGUUAUGUAAAAGCUGUUAAUGGUAACAUCCACAUACUGUUUGCAUCUCAACCAAGUUUCAUUCAUUUUUGCUGUCAAAUUAUUAUAACAGUGAAAAAUGAUGCACUGAUAGAUGCAUUUAUUUAUGGGCUCCAAAGAAAUUCUUUAUAAGAAUGAUUUUUCAAUUUAUUAAGAACACUAAAUAGUUCUUUAGGAAGGCUUAGAAAUGUUUGAGUAUGGUGUACAGUUUGAUUCUGAGAUUUACUCUGUGCAGGUUGAUAAAAGGGAUGAUGUCUCUUUAAAUUUAAUAAAAGUAUAAGUUUAAUAUAACUGCUACCUUGUUAUUUACAAAACAUAUAUAUUAUGGUUUUCCAAAGUAGUGCUGUUGCACUCACCAUACGCACAUCCAGAAGUAAAUUUAUGAAAAUCCAAAACAGUAAUAUUGGGCAGACAUCAGUUUGUAAGAUGUGUACUAUACAGCAAUAAUUGAAUACCACUAAAAUUUUAAAUAUGUAUAAUUUAUUGAAAUGUUUUAUUCAGAGUAUCAUUUUUAUUGUGCAUUUAAGUAAUUUAUAAGUGUGUAAACAGACCUAAGUAAUGGUUAAUUGGUUAUUUUCCAUGGCAUAAUUGAACAGUGCAUUUUGGUUAAGGUUUAUGAAGCUGCUUGUAUCUUGGAGAAUAACUUGCAUUUUUAAAAUGGAACUCUUUCAGCGUGGGUGCUUUAAAGCUCUGUGAAUUUUCACUCUCUGAAGACUCCUACAAAUAGUUGACUUCAGAAAUAGAAACGGAGACAGGUUAUAAGUGAAAAAUCUAUUUACUGUACAUGCUAAAAAAGAUGUGAACAGUGGCUUACAAUGUACCUUAUAAAUCUAAAAUAAUACGGUAAUCUUGGAGUGUUACACAUUUAAAUGUUUAUCAAACUCUCUGAGAAUAUAUACCUGUCAUUCUAUCACAACCUACAAGCUACUGGAAGUACUGACUAAUGUUGCAAUAAUUGACAGACUAGUUAAGACUACACUGGCAUGAUUUAUUUAAGAAAUGCCUCCGUUGCAAACUGUCUGUAACAGAAAAAGGAACCAAGACAAUGACUAUAUGAUGAUUGAGUUGAGGAACCUCAGAACUAAGCUGGUGAACAGAAGCAAAAAUGUAACCUUCAAAAUGUGAACUUGCUGCUAGAAUCGUAGUCUAGAAUAGACCUUGAUCGAGCCUGCUGAUGAGAUAUAUAUGACUUAAUUAACAAAUUAAUGUUUAUUUAAGAAAUGUUUGAAGGGCAAUUAUACAGACUUCCUAACACUGCAGUCAAACAAUGUAAGAUGUAAUUUCUGAGAAUCAGUUUUUUCUCAGUCCCAAUAGUUCAGUAAAGAAGUAACUUUGGUUAGAACAGAAAUGAGCAUUUGGCGCUUAUUGGAGCUUGAUUAUUGCUAGAGGAGCACUAAUUCUAUGUGAAAAAAUAACUUCACUACAAUUGAAUCUCCUACAACAAGAGUAAAGAACUUGGGAAAUGAGCAUCAUGAUUUUUUUUUUGGAUAUAAAGAGCCCCUACAACAGAUUCAUGAAAGUCCUCACUUCUGGAUUUAAAAAAAACAACUGUUGGAACAAUACCAGCUUCUGGUCUACAUACUAAUGUGAAUCUUGUACCCUGAUUAGCAAAAGUAUUAUUGCUUUCUAUACAACUGGUCAUAUGUUGGCUUGCCCUCAAAUGGGAUAUCAGAAUAUUCAUCUGCCCCCUAAUGACUUUUUGGAUAUUUGUGUCAUCUCUCAUUCACUCAAUCUGGGGGUCAGAUCUGAUUUUCAUGUUUUUAAACUUUAUUGUUACACUGGGAUCAGGAAAUAUAAUAGAGCCUUGACCCAAUACUGCAUGCUAGUGAAACAGAGGCUACUCUGUGUUUAUAGUUACUAUAACUAGAGUAUGUUUAUAGUGCAGCUAGAUUGCACUAAAUAGUUUUGUGUAGCAAGUUGAAUGAGGUUUGAUAAAGGGAAAGGAAACUGCAGUUUUAUGUUCUGUACUUUGUUAGGACAUUAUAUUGCUUGAUAAAUGAACGUGAGCAAUACUGCAUUAAUUAGCAUAACUGAACAUAGAUGAACUGUUUCAAUUGGUUUUCAGAAGGUUAUGCCACUGGAGUUUCUGAGGUAUUUUGAGAUGUUAACCAUGUAAUAUUUUUAAUUCUGCAAAGUCUAUUUUCUUUAAUUUGUUGAUUCCUGAAGAAAAGAAAUGUGCUCAGUGGUGGCUGAAAUUGAGGGCUAUUUAAAGGCUGUGUGUAUCUUUGCUGACCUGUCUGAUCUAAAUUAAACUGCACAUGUAUUUCUUUUCUCCUCUUUUAUGUAAGUGUUUUGAGAACACUCAUCAAAACAGUGGCAUUAAUACUACAGACACGCUUGCGCUUUUAUGGAACCACAAAAAUCAAUUUGCACCAUCAAAGGCAACUUCCUGGAGAUACAUUGUAGGCAUGUUGUUUUGAGGGAUGGAGAAGUUAAAGUAUUUUAAGAUACAAGAAUAAUCUUUGAUUUGGAAUUGUGUCUUAGGUUGAAAUGUCCUAAUAAUCACUUUACCAAAUGUAGCAAUAGUCGCAUGUUGAAGCUCGGAGUUAAAUGGUAUUAUGGUUGGACAAUUCUGUACAAUGUUGGAUUUGAACCAGAAUAAGCUGAUAGGGAUUAGAAGCAUUCGGUUAUUGACUUUUAUCAUCAGCUUCAGGAACCCUGUUAUAACACAGAACAGGUGCAUUUGAAUGCUCUAGUUGACAAGUGAGCACAAAUCUAAUACAGUGUAUGGUACAGAGCUCUCCUGUUCUGAGCAUGUGCAGUAUGGUGGGUCAACGCUCUAGGUUAUUCUGUUGUUAUGCCACUAUUUAGGUGUAACUAUUAUUUCUCAAAAAUAUGGCUGUUCGACAGCUGUGCCAAAAUUGACGAACCCAGUAAUCUUUUUACAGAAACUGUCAGUGAUUCUUUUUUAUAUGUGAAUGUCUUUCCAAAUAUGGAGUCAUUGAUUUAUUGCAAUACUGUAAUAUUCUUAUGGUGUGUCUUAAGGUGGAUUUUAUGAUUUUAGAAUCCAUGUAAGCCCUUGUGCCAAAAUAACUUGUUUGUACUGUAUUAAAAACUGCAACACUGCAGA